AUGUCCAAGGUCAGUCCCCGGAGGAGGUCACCGGCCGAGGUUCCGACGAGGGGAAGGUCGGCGCUGAUCUCCCGAGAUGACGCCCCUGUUCUGACGCUGCCUGGAGCUGCUUCCGUCCUAUCUGCUGCCCCUUCUUCUGUGCCUGGAGCCCGCGCGCCCGCGCCUCAGGCUGCGAGGCUCUCAGGUUUCAAGCUUAGGAAGCGGAGAGACUACGCCGCGGUGGACCAGCCGACGCCCUUGGCGAAGAAAAGGAAGGAGGAAGCGGUGGUACUGUUCGAGACCAAAUCGCCUGCGAUGGCUGCACCCUCCUCUGUGGAGAAGGGCAGUGACAGCGCUCGCGCUUCCCCAGCCCGAUCGUCCUCGCGAGACUUGGGGGAGCGUCCUCCGAAGGAGGCAGCCCCCGUAGCCCCGCUGGCUCCGGAGGUGCCGACGUCCGGCUCGGUUGCUGGGGUCCCCAAAGCUCAGGAGCUCCCAGCCUCCCAGGACAUGGUGAUGACGUUGCCUCCUCCUUCUCCCGCCGCACUGCUGACCAAGGAUCCUUCCGCCUCCCCUGACGUCCUGGAGCACGGUCUUUCUGUGUUGACCCUGCUGCGGGAGGAUCUUCAAGGCACCGACCGUUGCCUGGUGGCCGGGCGCUUGGAGCUGAUCUUUGGCUGGCUUCACUCUAACGUGUCUGUUCGGGCGGCGCUGAGCCAGGCUACGGCGGCCUCCUAG